UAGAAACUUGGAUAUGAGAAGCCCUUUGUUUACUAAACUAUCAAUACUGUUCAGGCGUAGACCGUCAGUAAGCUGGUUAGUCUUGUGCCUGGUUAGUGUUUUUGGGCUAAUAGCAUUAUUAGAAUCAUCUUACUCAAGUACGUUUGACUCUGUGGCCUCCUCUACAAACCCUGAUGUCCAUACAAGUUAUAGAAAGCUAAAGAAGCUAGUGCGAAACGAUUAUUUAGAGCUAAAUAGCCUUUCUGUAGGAGCCAAUUGGAUAAAGGAUAUUGGUUUUUGUGGGAAAGAAAGAGAGAACUAUGUACCUUGUUAUAAUGUAUCUGCAAAUACGCUAACUGGUUUGAAAGAUGGGGAGGAGUUUGAUCGACAUUGCGAGUUAUCACGCGGACAACCACAUUGUUUGGUUCGUCCUCCGAAGGACUAUAAGAUUCCUCUGACUUGGCCAGCAGGAAGGGAUAUCAUAUGGAGUGGAAAUGUGAGGCUAACCAAAGAUCAGUUCCUUUCUUCUGGAAGCAUGACAAAAAGAUUAAUGUUACUGGAAGAGAACCAAAUUGCUUUCCACUCGGAUGAUGGAAUGAUGGUUGAUAGUGUCAAAGAUCACUCACACCUUAUUGCUGAGAUGAUUGGGCUUGGAAGUGAUGCAGAAUUUCUUCAAGCCGGUGUGCGCACUGUACUAGAUAUUGGUUGCGGUUUUGGUAGCUUUGGUGGUCACCUACUUUCGCUGAAGUUGAUGGCUCUUUGUGUGGCAGAGUAUGAGUCAUCUGGUAGCCAAGUUCAGUUUGCACUUGAGAGAGGACUUCCGGCAGUCAUAGGCAACUUUAUUUCGAAACAGCUUCCAUUUCCAUCGUUGUCUUAUGAUAUGGUUCAUUGUGCUCAGUGUGGAAUCAUUUGGGACAGUAAAGAUGGAUUGUUUUUAAUUGAAAUUGACCGUGUGCUCAAGCCCGGAGGUUAUUUUAUUUUAACCUCACCAACAACCCGGCAGCAGCAGGAUAGUUCUACUAGUGCGAAGAAGGGAAGCAUGUCUACUCCUUUGGAAGAGUUCUCUAAAAAGCUUUGUUGGUCUCUUUUGGGACAGCAGGAAGAGACUUUCAUCUGGCAGAAGACAGUAAAUUCUCAAUGCUAUAGCUCACAGCUUAGUAUACCCAUUUGUAAAGGAGAGGACAUGCAACUGUACUACCAACCGCUUGCACACUGUAUUUCUGGGACAAGCAGUAACCGGUGGGUUCCGAUUCACGACAGAUCUGGUCCUCUGAACUCAACUGAUAUUGAAAUUCAUGAAGUCGAUCCUGAUGAUUUCUUUGAGAAUUCAGGAUUCUGGAAAUCAGCGUUGAGAAGUUAUUGGUCUUUGUUGUCGCCCUUGAUUUUCUCUGACCAUCCAAAGAGGCCGGGUGAAGAAGAUCCAUUGCCUCCAUACAAUAUGGUGAGGAAUGUCAUGGACAUGAAUGCACAUUAUGGGGGCUUAAAUGCUGCUAUGUUGGAGGCAAGUAAAUCAGUGUGGGUGAUGAAUGUUGUGCCUCUUGGGGCUCGUAAUACGCUUCCUCUCAUACUUGAUCGAGGUUUUGCCGGUAUUCUGCAUAACUGGUGUGAACCGUUUCCUACAUAUCCACGAACAUAUGAUAUGCUCCAUGCUAAUGGGCUUCUUUCACAUAUUGAUUCACAAGAUUGCAGUACGCUUGAACUACUUCUUGAGAUGGAUCGUAUUCUGAGACCUGAGGGUUGGAUUAUUCUUUCUGAUACAUUGGGUCCCAUAGAGAAAGCACGCAUGUUAGCCACACAAAUCCGUUGGGAAGCUAGGGUGAUUGACCUCCAGAAUGGAAGUGACCAACGGCUACUUGUAUGCCAAAAACCAUUCACGAGAAAGUGACUUUUCUGGAACUGAACACUUCUUAACAUUGGUGACUUUCCUAAAUUCCACUAGGAAGGAGGAUAACCGCGACAUGUUGAAUCAUGAAAGAAGGAAGUUUCCUUUGUGAUAUGUGGAAUUUGUUUGAUCUUACGAGCUGCCUAAAGAGGUGUAUAUCGCGGUAUCCUUGCAAAUAGAUCAUAUGGCAGCCUGCAGAGAUUAGAGAAAAGCUCUGCCGCAGAAAGUAGUGACAGCACCAUAAAGGACAUAUAUUCUUUUCCCUUCAAAAGUUUAUAUAGCAAUUCAUUCAUCUCUUUUUCUUGUAUUUUCUAACAUUUUAUUUGUUAAUUUU